UAAUGGGGAGGUGGGUCCAAUUGGCCCUGAAGGGAAGAAAGGAGACCCAGGAGAGAGAGGGCCUUUCGGGCCCCGGGGUAUGGAUGGAUUCCCUGGGGAGAACGGACUGGCCGGACAGCCCGGUCUACCUGGUAUCCAAGGAGUCGCAGGCCCUCCUGGACCACCAGGGAAAGCUGCUGAGGGUUGGAUGGGAGGUAUGUUCGGUUCUGGAGAUGGUGGUUUGGUGUCGCCUGGCAGUGAAGGAGUGAAAGGCGACAUGGGUCCAGCAGGUCCCCCAGGACGACCUGGCAUGCCUGGAGUGGCGGGACCACGUGGUAUUGAAGGGAUGGACGGCCCUGAAGGACCAAAGGGAGAGAGGGGAGAACAAGGUAUUGAUGGUAUUCCUGGUAGAGAUGGUGCACCUGGCGAAAAUGGUUUCCCGGGAACGCCAGGAAUUCCAGGAGAAAAUGGUCGAGAGGGAUUGGAUGGCCUCCCGGGACAGAAGGGAGUGCCAGGUUUGCCAGGCAUCGGUCUCCCCGGUCCACCAGGCCCUCCAGGGCCACCUGGUCCACCACCCGUUGGUUGGUCCAGGGACGGAGAAGGAUCUGGCGAUGGUCUACUUACGAAAGAAGGUGAACAGGAGAUGCUUGCAAAUGGUGAAAAGGGUGAACAGGGAGCAAAGGGUGAGCAGGGGGAGCAGGGUGAGCAGGGCGAGCAGGGUGAAUUCGGUAUACAAGGAGCAACGGGGGAGAGAGGUUACCCUGGCAUUGACGGGCUACCGGGGAUCCCUGGAGGAGACGGCAAGGAUGGACUCCCUGGACCGGUAGGAGAUCCAGGAUUGACCGGUGACAAAGGUGACAAAGGAGAUGUUGGACCAGCUGGGCCGCCUGGUCCACCAGGCACAGGUAGCGACAAUGGCAAGACAGUGAUGGGACCGGAGGGGCGAGCUGGCCUACCUGGUAUUCCUGGUCUCCCGGGAAUCAAUGGCUCAAAGGGUGACAAAGGCGACAACGGACAAGCAGGUGGAUGUAAAAUGUGUCUUGGUUUCAAGGGAGAGCGUGGAAGUCGAGGAAAGCCCGGGCGUAAUGGUACAAGUGCCAUAGAUGGCGCUAAGGGUGAGAUGGGUAUGCCUGGUCUACCGGGCAUACCUGGCCUUCCAGGCUCGAAAGGAGAUCGAGGCCUAGCCAUCCUCGGACCUAAGGGUGAACCUGGUACACAGGGCCAAGUUGGGUUGCCCGGUUUACCCGGUGUUUGCGGUUGUGAUGAACAACGCCUGCCGGUGUGGAGUGCUAGUAAGAAUGACAAGGGAGAUAAGGGUGACUCUGGUGAGAAGGGAGAGAGAGGCUACCCGGGGAAGAUGGGUAUGUCGGGCCGACCUGGCCUACCGGGCACAACAGGACAGCCGGGAUUCCCUGGACUUACGGGCCUAAAGGGUGAUGACGGUAAUCCAGGCCUGAAGGGUGAACCAGGAGAGACUCAGUAUGUGUCGGCGAGUGGUCGGCUUGUGGGAGGAGGUUCUAAGGGACAGAAAGGCGAGCCUGGCCUCACUGGUAGGAGUAUCAUUGGACCUCAGGGACCUGCAGGGCAGCGAGGACCAAUUGGCCCAACGGGUCUCCCAGGUUAUGGCGUCCAAGGACGCGACGGAAUACAAGGCCCGCCCGGACCACCCGGCCGACCAGGACGUGAUGGAAGUGGUGGCAGUCUUGUUGGUGAUGUUGAUGGUGUUGGCAAUCCUGGACCCCCAGGUCCCCCUGGACUCCCUGGCCGGCCUGGGAAAGGAUUGGAAUCCUUCGAAGGAUUAUCUCCUGGGGCUGUUGUAUUCAAAUCCCAGUUCGAUCUCUCAAAAGUCUCAGAGAACAUGCCAGUGGGUAGUUUAGCCUAUCUGAAGGCAGACCAGAUACUCCUAAUACGUGUCGAUGCCGGAUGGCAGUUCGUAAAUCUCGGUCCAAUCAUUCCGCUUCCAAAGCCAACCACAGCUCCUGAGAAUCCCCAGAAAGAUCAAUUUAAGGGUCCCGAAUUUUCUCCUAUGAAUGGAAUGAUGAAGCCCUCCACAUAUGCACCCCCAACACCGGCCCCUCUAGCAAAUCUCAGAGCAACAGGACCGAGGCUACAUUUGCUUGCCCUUAAUCGUCCCUACUCCGGCAGCAUGCGAGGUGUCCGUGGGGCCGACUUGAUUUGCCACAGGGAGGCCCGUCGAUCAAAUAUGCGGGGAACAUUCCGUGCUUUCCUGACAUCGAAGGUCCAAGAUCUCGAGAAAUUGAUCUACUUCGACUCGGACAGGAAGGUGCCAAUUGUCAACGUCAAGGAUGAGGUCUUAUUCAACAACUGGGAUGAGAUGUUCAGGAGCGGGUCAUUCAUGGUCAAUGAUGCUCCUAUUUAUUCCUUCGGGGGAGAUGAUGUCAUGACCAGUCCUAAAUGGCCACAAAAGAUUGUCUGGCAUGGCGCGGACCAGCACGGCAAGCGUAUGGAGGACUCCUUCUGCGACGCUUGGAGUUCUCGUGGCACUGCCAGUCUCGGCAUGGCCAGCUCCUUGAGUAAACACAUGCUUCUAGAUCAAGAAAAAUAUACUUGCAAUAAUCAAUUCAUUGUGUUGUGUAUAGAGAAUACUGCGAGAACAGACUUAAAGAAAUAAGCUAGGAAUCAUUUAGACCAUGGGUGCUUUUGAAUUUUCAUACUGGGUGUUACAAAAAAAGUUGUAUUUUGUCAUCAAAAUAACAAAAAUUGUUUUUUUCAUUCAAAUUCAUUAUUUUGAGAAAGGAUUGCUGCAGCUUUUUAACAAACAGUAAUGUUGUGAUAUCCCCUUGUCUUACGAAUCUCGGCACUCUGGUCCCCAUUUGGCGUCAGAAAGCAUGAGUGUGGAUCGAGUAUGUUAAGGGGAUCUAUGUCAAAUAAUUAAAGGGAGCUGUUCAUGAUAAAUAGAAUCUUUCCUGUGUUAAAGCCUUUAGAAUUUGUUAGGGCCUACUACAGAGGUAGUAGGUGGGCAAUUUUCAUGACAAAUUCUCUUUAAAUAGGUGAUAUUUCGUGGUGUAUACCCUUUAACUGGGUCACAAUCUUCAAGAUCCAUGGGGUACCUGCAAAGGCAAAGAAGAGAGGGGUUAUUGGUAAGUUUAGUAAUAGUAUUCAUUAUACAGUGGAGCCUCCAUUAGCGGACACCUCUCUAUUAAGGACACUUGGUUUGGUCCCAAAUUGGUUGUUUUCAAUCAAUUUGACCUCUCCAAUCAGGACACCUCUCUAUUAAGAACAGCACUUGUCAGUCCCGAAGGUGUCCGCAAUAGAGGUUCCACUGUACAUGUAAUGUAAAUAAAUAAGGUAUCAUUUGUGUACAAAUGUCAUAAUAGUAGUUACAUCCAAAAAAGAUAACAGUUUAUCUGUUUUUGGUUCUAUAUGAGAAGUAGAUUUAUGCAAACGUAAACUAGUCAGUUUAUUUGAUAAUAGAGGGCAGGAUAAGGUCAUUUUAACCUAUCUUUUUGUAUCUUAACUUGUGUAAUGUAUUUUCCUUGUUCAAUUUGCGAUGAAGGGUGUCAAAGUAUAUCCCAUCUCCACAGCCAUGAAUAUUUUUUUUAAAUCUUGAUUAGUAAUUUUGCUUGUCUGCGGCUGAAGCUAGUUAUCAUUGAGUUUGAUCUUAAUCACUAGCAGUGAUGACCAAUUCUAUUUCUGGCAUCUCAAUUUCCACAGCAAGAUACUUUUGUCACAUAUGUUAAACACAGGAUGUUGCAACAACAAUCUCUGGUUUGCGGAACACCCUGUGUAUGCAGAGACUUUUGAGUUAAUUAUAUUAAGUUAUGAUUAUCAUAAUUGUGAGUGCUUGUGGUCAAAGCUAAUAGAUAAGAAAUGCAUUAGUGAAAAGAAAAAAAUCUACGGCCAGUGUACAAGACAUACUGCAUAAAUUAGCCUGUGAACUCUCGUUGCUGAAACCAGUAACUUAUUUAUGUUUGCAUUUUAAAACAUUUCAUUAACAUAUAAGUUUGUUGAGGAAAAACAGUGUGAUCAUUAUACAUUGCGUUUUAACUGUAAGUGGUGGGUAUGUAUCUGUCUCAUGUACUUUUAGACGGCUGUAUCCACCUUCCUGUUGACUUUAGAGGCGGUUUACAGGGCAGGGUAUACUUAAUUACUUACUUAACGUAUGCGGGAUGUUCGCUGUUCUCCUCUGUUAAAGACUAACAUUAAUCGAGUCUUCACCAAGACCAGCAAUCUCACCACCUCACUUAACUACAUCAGGAUUUCAAGCGUUAACAGACAGGAAUAUAGAUAAUUGAAUAUAUUUAACUGGUGCUAACUACGAACAUGACAAUCUUUUGAAUAAUGAUGUAUGUACUAAAUCGAAUCGAAGCACAAUGCUCCCAACUUCAGUUUUGUGCUGAUGUUUUGCAUACCGCAAAUGUGACUCGCUCUACCAAAACUAGGCGCUUGUCGCAUCUGAACUCGACAGGUUGAUACGGCGCCAGUUAGGGUAGAACACAACGACAAAGCAACACCGAUAUCCAAUCCAACGCAACUUUAAUGUGAGACAAAAUAAGCACACGACCAACCAGUCGUAGGGCUGAACUUAGAGAGGCCUAACAUACAUACAUGUACAUGCAUACACAAAUAGUAUUAGGGCAAUUACAACAAUACAUAAAAGGGUGUUAUUAACAACAAUACCACAAUUACUGGCCCAACCUCUUUUUCUUUUAGAAAGAUGAUAGUGAGAGUCCAAUAUAUUCACGAAUGAUCAUGAGAAUGAGGUUUGAAUUAGAAAUGGCCGUAAAACUGCGUUUGCUUUCGAUCACGGCAGGAGCGUCGCAGAGGUUGAGGGUCAGUGGACGCGGAUAUGCAUGGUUCAUUUUGGGUCGAAGGCUCGGCUAUUUCCAGAGGAAUCUCGGGAACGGGCGGUGGCGGUGGCGUCUGUAUUGGCUCUGGGAGUUCGGAUAAGGCACGUUCCGUCGCAGGUACGCACACGGUCACGUCGGAGUCGUCGUCGUCAUCGUCAUCUGUCGAGUACUUAUAG